AACUCGCUCAAAAACUUUCUAUACGAGAACGAAAAAGCUCGUCAAGAUCGCGAAGAGAAGGGAGAUCGGGAAAAGUGCGAGAGAGAAACAGAGAGAUGGAAGACACUCUGGGUGCUUUGAGGUCUCUAAUGGCUUCAAACUCUCCGCCUCUCGCUGCCUUGGUUGUACCUUCCGAAGAUUAUCACCAGAGCGAGUAUGUGUCUGAUCGAGACAAGAGGCGUGAAUUUGUUUCUGGCUUCACUGGAAGUGCCGGUUUGGCACUUAUAACGAUGAAAGAAGCACUGCUGUGGACAGAUGGGCGUUACUUUUUGCAGGCAACAAAAGAACUUAGUGAUCAAUGGAAGCUAAUGCGUAUUGGAGAGGAUCCAGCUGUAGAUGUCUGGUUGGCAGAUAAUCUGCCAAAGGAAGCUGCCAUUGGUGUUGAUCCUUGGUGUGUGUCAGUGGACACUGCACAAAGAUGGGAGCAUGCUUUUGCCAAAAAACAGCAGAAGCUGGUUCAAACUUCUAAAAAUUUGGUGGAUGAAGUUUGGAAAAAUCAGCCACCACUGGAAAUUAAUCCUGUUAAUAUACAUCCAUUGGAAUUUGCUGGUCGUUCUGCCAUAGACAAGUUGAAUGAUUUGAGAGAAAAUCUCAUAAAGCAGAAAGCUCGUGGCAUGAUCAUUACGACACUUGAUGAGGUUGCUUGGUUAUAUAACAUUCGUGGGAGUGAUGUAUCCUAUUGCCCAGUUGUUCAUGCAUUUGCUAUAGUAACAUCCAACUCAGCUUUCUUUUAUGUGGAUGGGAGAAAGGUGUCUUCUGAGGUAAAGUCUUAUAUGGAGGAGAAUGGAAUUGAAGUUCGGGAGUACAGUGCAGUGAGCUCAGAUGUGGCCUUGCUUGCAUCUAAUCAACUCAACCCCUCAUAUACUGUUAAAGGAACUCAAGCAGAAGUCAAGAGUGACACAAAAAAUAAUCCCAGUGAGUCUGACGUGAUAGGAAAUGGCACAGAGGGAAUUGAAGAAAAUAGUUUUGACCUCAUAUGGAUUGACCCCAGUUCAUGCUGCUAUGCUUUGUAUUCAAAACUGGAUGCAGAUAAGGUUCUUCUGCUGCCAUCACCUUUGGCUCUUGCAAAAGCUAUUAAGAACCCGGUUGAGUUGGAAGGAUUAAAAAAGGCACACAUUCGGGAUGGUGCAGCUGUUGUGCAAUAUCUUGCCUGGUUAGAUAUUCAGAUGCAGGAGAUUUAUGGUGCUUCUGGUUACUUUUUGGAGGGAGUAAGAGUGAACCAGAAAAAGCAUUCGGAAACCAUGAAGCUGACAGAGGUGACUGCAAGUGAUAAACUGGAGGGAUUCCGAGCUUCAAAAGAGUAUUUCAGAGGCUUGAGCUUUCCUACCAUUUCAUCAGUUGGUCCAAAUGCAGCAAUCAUCCAUUAUGCACCACAGGCAGAAACAUGUGCCCAAUUUGAUCCAGACAGAAUAUAUCUUUUCGAUUCAGGAGCACAGUAUCUAGAUGGAACAACUGAUAUAACACGAACGGUUCAUUUUGGAAAACCUUCAGAACACGAGAAAUCAUGCUAUACUGCAGUCCUCAAGGGUCAUAUUGCUCUUGGAAAUGCUCGAUUUCCUAAUGGAACUAAUGGUCAGGCCCUAGACAUUCUUGCUCGAGUUCCUCUGUGGAAGGAUGGUCUUGAUUACCGACAUGGUACUGGUCAUGGAAUUGGGUCUUACCUAAACGUUCACGAAGGACCCCAUUUAAUUAGUUUCAGACCACAGGCUCGAAAUGUGCCACUACAAGCAUCCAUGACUGUAACAGAUGAACCUGGUUACUAUGAGGAUGGGAACUUUGGUAUAAGAUUGGAGAAUGUGCUUAUAAUCAAGGAGGCUGAUACAAAAUUCAACUUUGGUGAUAAGGUUUACUUGUCUUUUGAGCACAUAACAUGGGCACCAUACCAGAGAAAGCUGAUUGACUUGAGCCUUUUAGUUCCUGAAGAGAUAGAUUGGCUAAAUAGCUACCAUUCAAAGUGUAGGGAUAUUCUCGCCCCCUACUUAAAUGAGUCUGAGAAGGCAUGGCUGAAGAAUGCCACUGAACCUGUAGGCGUUUAAGGCUAUACCCAAGACAGAAUAAACCGGUGGUAAAACUUGUCUUUUACACAUUGAUUUCAAUACUUUUCCUUGAUAUCUUUGGGCCAAUACUAUUUCUUAUGCUCGGCUCAAUCUCCAUGGUGUUUAUGAUUUAGAAGCUUGUCCUUCUAUUUAUGCUGUUCAUAUCACUGGCACUUUUAUAAUCGAUUAUGCUACCGGAGUCCAA